CUUGUUUGGUGUAAACAUCAUCACUACCGUCCCAAGUUGAAACACUGAGGCAAGGAUGGCGGGAGAUGGUGAAGAGUGGGACACAUACCAACAUGACACACGCCUGGCCUGUAAAUACGGUAAAAAAUGUUAUCGAAAAAGUUUGGAUCACCUGGACAAGUUCAAACAUCCUCCCAAAAGGAAACAAGACGACGACAGUAACCAGAGAGAGGAUGAACAGAACCCUCACAAGAAACAGAAAGUAAACUCCAAUAAAACAUCAGCUCCCAAUACUAACCAGAACUCAUCAGAUACAGAAGACUGUGUAGGGUCCACCAGUGAAGAGGGUCUAUGUGAAGCUCCUGCUGCUGAUGAUGACAAAACUAAUAAAGCCACUGAUGAUACGGAUGAUGAAUUGCCUGCUCCCACAUCUGAGGAUUUUGAUGAAGAUAUUGAAGUUCCUCCUUCACCAGAAGAUGUACGAGACAACAUGAAACAGAAGUUUCUCGUGGCAAUGCCAGAUGAUUUCUUUGACUUCUGGGAUUGUUGUGUACAACUGAAUAAGGAAAAACCAGAAGAGGCUUUGAGCACAGCUGGUCUGACACUAGUGGGUCCAUAUGAUGUCCUCACUGGGAAGCUGAAGGGUAUAAAACCUAGGAAAAUAUCCACUUAUGUCUGUCAUUGGCGCUAUUUCUACGAUCCACCAGAAUUCAUGACUGUGAUCGCUGGUGAUGAGAAGGAAUACCACAUUGGCUAUUACCGUGACGACCCCCACGAAAUGCCAGGUUUUGCAGGAUCUAUGUCAUCCGUAAAGCGAGGAGUUAUUAAGCCACUCGGGGAAAAUGUCUUUGCUGCAGUUUGCUCACACCUGCGGGAGAAGGUGAAGGAAGAGAACCCUUUCAAGAAAACUUCACUCCAGAAAUUAUACAGCGAAGUUGAGUCAUUUGCCAAGAAGAAAAAUCACUCCCUGGAGGCAGAAACAAAAGGCAUGAAACAAAGAAAAAAAGCUGUUGUUGCUAAAACCUUUCAUGGAGCUGGCAUCGUUGUUCCUUUAGAUGAAGAUGAUAAUGGAUACAGAGAAGUUCCAGAAACAAAUGCCUCAUUGAGGAAGAUGUUCCAGAAGGUCAUUGAUGCCAAAACUGACAAGCAGAGAGGGCAACACUUUGAUGAUGUGCAAGAAAUAAUAACCAAUGUACAGUUUGCUAAUGAUGAGGGAGAUCCUGGUAUGGGACUCGAGUUUGGGCUUGACAUGUUUAUGUUCGGCCAUGAAGAAUUUCACAAGCCUCUUUACCAUGUCCUAAGUUUAGCAUAUGAAAUUUUGGGAAGAAAACCUUACAUUGACAUAUUGCAGGCUCAUCUGAAGAACAGACGACGAGGAACUAAUUUAAGCAUCUUGGAGAUAGUUGAAUAGAUGUAGAUGUCUUUGGUCCCCCUUUCUUUGCCUCCAAGUGAGCACUUAUACAACUGGCACUAGUUACAAUGAUUUAACUGCAUUAAAGGUUAGCACCAUUACCUGUGGGCAUUAAAAUCACUAGGGUACAGUUGUGGACAUAAAGAAUGCAGCCGGCAGGGAGGGAGGGAGCUGGUCUAUGGGAAGGUAGGGGUAGGUGGACACUUGGUAUGUUGCAUAUUGGUGGCAAUUAAAAGUGUGAUUUUCUUUCCACACCACAAAUUUAUUUUUUUCGUUUGAUUAUAAGGUAGGAGCAGCUUCCCUCUCUGCUGAAUUCUUUUUGUCCACAAUUGCCCAUAUAGAGUAUGUACUGUAAAGUUGGCCUGUCUAACUGUUGAACAAAAGGUUAUCAUGUUCUUAGUUGAGGUUUUGGUGGUUUGAAUGUGUAGUGAGUCCCUGUACUGUAUAUUGUUUUUUUAAAUUAUGUAUUAAUUCUAAGUUAUAAUGUUUUUGUUGAAUAUGCCCAUUUGUUAAAAAGUGGCUUGCAUUAUUAGUUAUUUGUUAAAAAAAAAAAUGGGUAUUAAUUUUCGUAGUUGGGUCAUGUUCAUCCCUUUAUAUUUGGUGAUAAAAUUUACUUAAAAUUUUUGUUUGUUUUCGAGUGUCACUCACUUUGAGGUGAAGAAUUGUGUGUAAAAAAAAAAUAAUGUGGCAAGUUUCCUUGGUGAAGUUGAUGACUGGCCAUCUGGUUACUGAAACUAAAUAACAAUAGGUUUGUUUUCAACUUGAAUUGGCAUCUGGUGCCUUGACAGAUGGAAUAUAGUUCCUGGGAACUCAGGACUUGUUCAGCAUGCCAUUUCACUUGAUUUUAUUUUUUAUCAUUAAUGAUUACAUUAUUAGUGUAAUGAAAAAUCUGUGGAAAUAUAAUUUAGUAUUGUUUUACACCUUAGAACUUAAUUAUGCACCUGUAAAUCACAUUAAUUAAUAGGAGCGUAGUAGCAGCAUGUAGUGUUAGCAGUAGGAUUACUGGUAAACAAAUUGUUGGAAUGCUUGUGAUAUUCAAAUAAAAAAAUCUGUGAAGUAGUUUUAAAGGGAGAAUUAAAGCAGUGUAAUGUUUUUCACUACACAAUACACUGUACUGUAUUGUAUGAAUAUGUACACCUCUGAACAAAAUAGUUGAAUGACAUAACGUGACUAAACUCUGGUCACUGCCUCGUAGACAGUCAACUUGUGCCAUAUUCACUACUUACUGUGUUACCAAAUUGACAGUACAUCUUUGUACAAAUACAAAUCAUUAUAGGUGAACAGUAAAGAAUUACCUCUUACUUUGCUUCAAUAAAUGUAUUGAUACUUUA